GCUGCCCGGGUCCUGAGUUCUGCAGGGGAGGUCAGAUCCAGCUCAUAUUCCAGGAUCCGAGUGAAUCUGCCUCCAGCUGCACAUGUUGCAGACAGGCUCAGUCAAAUCCACAACAGAGAGUGGAAAAGCAGCGCUGCAAAAAAGAAGCAGUCGGUGUCACUUACACCAAAUGAACACGACCGAAGGACAAAAACAGAGCAAGAGAAAAGAUCCACAUCUGUGAACAGACAUAAACAGAAAAAUGAAAAGACGGCAGGCGCCAUGCAGAACCCAGCCCGUCCUCAACAUGGUCCUCAGCUCCCACACUUUACAGCCAACAACACUGGACCAAAGCAUAGAAUUAGGCCGAGCGACCGCAGUGCUGUGGUAAAACACACAGCAGAGACACACAUUCGUGCUGAAAGGAGAAAAUUCACCACAGCCCAGAAUUCUGCUCAGACACAGGCCGUAAUAAGUGACAGACAAAGUGCACGCAGACAGACUGGCACAAGGAGGGACACACACGCAAACAGGAAUGCAGACACACAACUACACAACAGACAUAAAGGUUCAGAACCAGCUGAACAUCAGCAGGAUGUGGGUAAAAACACACAGGCACCAAAUCACUUGGAUAGAAUCAUUCAGGAGCAGCAGGCUGUGAACACACCAAACAGAAAUCUUAAAAAACACCAGCAUUUCUCUGAAGAUCCACUUCACAAGAACACUAUGACUAAAGUGGAGGAAGUUGGUGAGUGGGGAGACGGCAGCAGAUGUCAAAGGUUAACAGAGCAGGACUUUCCAGGUGAUGAUAACAGGAGGAUCAGGACCAGCCCAGAUCCUCAGAAUCAUCCCUGGUUCAGUCAGGAUGACAUUGAGAAGAUGGAGCUCCUGGCUGGAGGUGAGGUGGAGAGUAAGGCCAGAGUUCCUGCACAUGGACGGGUUCUCCAAGUGGCUCUGGAACCUCCACAUCUCAAGGUGACUGGUUCACCUCAGAAACAUCCAGACUCCCCUAAAGAAAGCUGUCAGCAGGGUCACUGUGCCCUAAUCAAGCGCACCGAUGACUGGUUUGAGGUUUUUGCCUUCCACCUGGACAGAGUGCUGGGACUGAACCGCAGCCUCCCUGCAGUACUUAGGACUUUCCACAGUGAAAUUCUCCCAUAUCGGUUCACCAGUGGGACUCCCAGACCUGUGGUGUGGUGGGACCCAGACAUCCAGCACCUCACCGACACAGACAAUGAUCAGAACUCGGUGCCACUCAGCUGGGUUCAGUAUCAGCAGCUGCUGCAGCUCCACUGUGGCAGUGAAGCAGACCUCAGGUCAGAGGCUUGUGUGGGAGUCCACCACUCAGAGUGGGAGAGACUGGCUCUCUUCGACUUUUUAUUACAGGUGAAUGACCGUCUGGACAGAUACUGCUGUGGUUUCACACCUGAUCCCACUGAAGAGUGUGUGGAGAACCUCCUGCAGGCCAAGUGUCGGAACACCAAGGAGCUGCUGCUGGUUCACAUCCUGGUGAGAAAGGCUGACCCUUCCAGACUGGUGUUCAUCGACAACGCAGGCAGACCACGGCAGUCAGCUGACAAUCUCAACUUCCGGCUGGUGGAAGGGAUCCACGAGUUUCCAGAGAAGGCUGUGUCCGUGCUCCGCUCAGGGUGUCUGGAGAGUCUUCUUCUACGCUCCCUAUACACAGACGGGCAAUUCUGGGCCAGUCGGGGUGGAGUCGGUGGACUCAGGCCUCUCAUAGAAACGGUGGAGCUCAGAGGGAAGAUUCUCCUACAGCACAUCAGAGACCGAAAACUGCAGCUGAAGAGAGACCUGUGAAUGAACUUCACUGUCAUAAAGCAUGGAUUAAUCUGCAGUGGAACUAGAAAGGAAAGAUUACAAACAGUAUUUACACUGAAAUGGAAAAAAUGCAACAGAAAAGAUUCAAAACAAAUCCUAAGAAAUGUGAUCUGUGGUGAGUUAUGAAGUUUCUAAGCUGGGAAGUAUAAUGUUUUCCUUUUCUUGUUGCAGUCUUUCAUGCUUGCCUGCAGCCAAUUGGAGACUUUGGACUACUGAGCGACCAGUAUUGGUCUGUGCAAUUGACUGCUAACAACUUUCUGUUGUGGUUAGCAUGCUACCCAACCCUAGCUUUAUGAGAGUGCCAUUAGUCUCAUUUAUACACUUUUUUAUGAAAAUAAAAGGAACAGUUUGAGGAACAGUGAGUGCUAACAGUUUAGCAUAAACGCUAAACUCACAAACCCACAAGUUUAGCAGUGGCUGUUUUACAGUUUUAGGCAAGUACACAGCACAAAUACAUGGUUGCCAGGUAUUAUGAUUAACCACAAUGACUACUAUUGGAACCAUUCAAAUAUCUGGUGAAGUUAAAAUGAGUAGAAAACACAACAGUAGAGUGCAUUUUUUAGAAAUCAUUUUGUCUGCAUUAAAGUGGAAUAACUUCAAUUCCAUAUAUAUCUUCUUUGCACUUGUUUGUUUGGUUUGUUUGUUUUUUGCAUACAACAAAUGUGGUAAUGAGGUAAUUUUUUGUAAUCAAAUGGCUUUGUCCAUUUCUUAAACCUGGCCUGUGAAUUAGCACUGCAGAUACUGUGUAUGAAAAGAGAACUACUCUUCUCAUUCUUUAGCUCUUCGAUCAUUUAUCUGCUAUCAAAUGCCCUUAAAACUGUCAAAGUAUUAAUUUCCACCUCAUUACCUGUUAAAGUGAGAAACAACAAAUUAUUCUAAAACUCUUAUUCUCCAGAGUCUGUGUCAUUUCUGGAGAAAAGAAAAGGCUACAAACUGACUGAGCUGGCCUGAUGUGAAUAUCUGCUUUAUGAGAUAAGUGUUUCAUCUUUGAAUAGCAGGGAUUAAACUCGGCUGUCAACAAACAGCUCCUGGAA